UCUCGUUUAACCAAAAAAAAAAAAAUAGUACACUGACUUCGGAUUUGUGUCAUUUGUCCCAAAAAAGAUAACAAAAACGAAAAAAAAUAAAAGGCAACAGACAUUGAGCGUCUUGGGACAUCAGAUUCAAAUUAGGGCACAAAGUCUUAUCUGAGAAAGAAGCGAUGGGAAGAAGAAAAGUGGAGAUCAAGCGAAUCGAAAAAAAGAGCAGUCGACAAGUCACCUUCUCUAAACGACGCAGUGGUCUUAUCGAGAAAGGUCGACAACUCUCGAUUCUGUGUGAAUCCUCCGUCGCUGUUCUCGUCGUCUCCGCCUCCGGAAAGCUCUACAACGCAUCCUCCGGGGACAACAUGAGCGAGAUCAUCGAUCGUUAUGACAUACAACAUGCUGAUGAACUUAGAGUCUUGGAUAUUGAUGAGAAAACUCGGAACUAUCUUCCACACAAGGAGUUACUAGAAUUAGUCCAAAGCACCCUUGAAGAACCGAAGGUUGACAAUGUAAGUGUAGACUCUCUAAAUUCGGUGGAGGAUCAGCUCGAGGUUGCUCUGUCUAUAACUAGAGCUAGAAAGUCAGAGCUGAUGCUGGAGUGUGUGAAAACCCUUCAAGAGAAGGAGAAGAUGAUGAUAGAAGAGAAUCAUGUUCUGGCUAGCCAGGUAACAAAGCCUCAAUCUCUUUUGCUUCUAGAAGCUAACUAAACUUAUUUCUAUAGAUGGACGUUAGAUACAUACGCACGUGCAUAAAUAUGAAAGUUCAGGACUUUGAUGGAUAAUGAUAGACAAUUUUGAGUGAUACCCAUAAUUUCUUUAUUUUGAAUUAUUUUGUCUUAAUCAUGCUUCCAAAUUUAUACUAAUUUACUUUUUGGUUAAAGCUUCCAAAUUUUAGAUUUGUUGUAGAUAUUUACUUGCUUGGUGGCAGUAGGAAAAAAAAAAGAAGUAUUAUGUAGGAAAAGAGUUCAAGGAUUUUUGAUGGAAACAAAACAAUUUUGACCGUCAAUUGAAAUUUUGCAAAAGAAAAGUUUAGAUUUUAUAUGACAAUAAGUUUUAAGAAAAUUUACAACGGUUGGAAGUUGCAUAAUUUUUAGUGAAUUCCAUGGUUCAAUUUAUGAUAUUACCCAAAAAAGGUAUAUAGAAAAAGAAAUGUAAAAAAGUUUCUUACAGAUGGGGAAGAACACGUUUCUAGCGACAGAGGAUGAGGGAGCAAUGUCACCGGCAAAUAACUCCGGCAACAACCCACCAGAGACACUCUCGCUGCUCAAGUAAACCACCAUGAUCCAAAGGCUGAGUUUUCACCUAAACUCAAAGCCUGAUUCAGAAUUAAAAAUCAGAUCUGUAAAUAAUAAAAAGCUGCAUAAACUCAAACCUUUGGUUUAUCUUCCUCUAAUGUGGAAAUUAAGAUAAAAAAAAAAAAAAGGACGGAAGCUCUUUUCCUGUUAAAGAAUUGUAAAACUAAGAUAAAGUAUCGAUCUUUAUUGUACCUUCGUUGACAAGAUCAGACUGUGCUUGUUUAUGUUGUUUUCUGAAAGUACGGAUUGGAUUUUAAACUUUUUUGCUUUGCUUCAGCGUGAAGAACCCUAGACCUUAUUUAUUCUUUCUGUUUCCUUAUUUAGUUGCUAGUUGUUUUGAUUACUUGUCUUACGCCACGACACGUGGCAAAGUUGAAAAGGAUUUUUAGUUGUUGCUUGUCAUUUAAUCUAUUACAUAGUUG